AUGAUUUUUGAGAUUUUGAAACAUCAGGCGAGGAUCACCGCUUUUAAAUCGGUCAUAAGACAAAUUCCACUAAGGCGACAACUUCACCAAACGGUUCGUACUCCACCUACAAGAUAUGGCACCAAGGUUUUCAUCGGGUUAGGUGCGGGUGUCUCGCUUCUAUCACUUGGCUACAAUUCGCAAGUUCAUAAUGAUGUGCAUGCUAUGGACACCUCAAUUCAUGAAUUAACACCGAUAAGCACAGCUGAUACGUAUGAAAGUGGAUUAUAUCAAGCAUCGCAAAAGGAAGAAUACGACCAAUACGACGCAUAUAGAAAAAGCAAAACCCAACAUCCGUCGAUACUUGUGAGAACUUUAUACAAAACAAUGUUCUUCUUACAGGAUUACCUCAUUGAUCCAAUUGUUACAUUUUCCCGAUUUAUAGAAUUAUCUUGUUUGUUUUUGCCGGUGUUAUUGUCUAGCCCUAUAUGCUGGUUUGGAAGGAAACAUCGAAAUGCGGAUGGUGUUUUAGUUCGAACUGGUGCCACGCUUUGGUAUCGCUAUCUCCGUUGGUCUGCUGAGCAAGCUGGUGCAUCAUUUAUCAAAUUGGGUCAAUGGGCAGCCAGUAGAACUGAUAUCUUCCCACAAGAAAUGUGUGAUGAAUUAGCAACAUUGCACAGUCACGCAAAGGCCCAUAGUUUCCAUCAAACAAAAAAGAUUCUUGAAAAGAGUUUUGGCGGGUUGCCAUUUAACCAAAUUUUUGAUGAAUUUGAUGAAAAGCCAGUUGGUGUUGGUGCCAUUGCUCAAGUAUAUAUCGCAAAACUUUCGAAAAAGGCAUUGAAUCAAGCAGCCAAGCAAGAAGCUGAGAUUCAACAAAGACUCAAACACAAAGACAAGGCCCAUGAACCACAAUUUUUUGAAAAUUUGAUUGUUACUGAAAACUUGGAUUCAAAUGAACGCGUGGCAAUUAAAGUGUUACAUCCCAAAGUGGAAAUCAAUAUCAAUCGAGAUUUGAAAAUUAUGAAGUUUUUUGCUGACUUUAUCAACAUUAUACCAACAAUGGAAUGGUUGUCGUUACCUGAUGAAGUUGAGCAAUUUUCAAUUUUGAUGAGGUUACAAUUGGAUUUGAGAAUUGAAGCAUUAAAUUUGGCCAAAUUUAGAGAAAAUUUCAAAAGCAGAUUGGAUAUCCAUUUCCCCAAACCAUAUUUAAGUUUCACCACUAGAGAUGUGUUGGUGGAAGAGUACAUUUAUGCCAUCCCUUUGAGCAAAUUAUUAUCAUUGACUGACAAUUUUGGCAAGAAUUUGUCCAAGGAAAUUAGUGAUAAAGGAUUGGAUGCAUUUUUGAAAAUGUUGAUUUUAGAUAAUUUUGUUCAUGCUGAUUUACAUCCGGGAAACAUGAUGGUUAGGUUUUAUAAAAAUGAGCAUUUUAAACAUGAAAAGGAGUACAAGAUUGUCAAGACUUCGAAUGAACAAGAAACAAACAAGAUCACCGAAGAGUUGAUGAAAUUGGGUAACAAUCAAACUGCGUGGUGUGAAAAGUUGGCUCUGCUUUAUGAGCAUGGAUAUCAUGCCGAGAUUUGCUUUUUGGAUGUCGGUUUGGUUACUGAAUUGAACCAUACCGAUAGAGUCAACUUUAUUGACUUGUUUAAAGCUCUUUCUGAGUUUGACGGUUACAAAGCUGGUGAAUUGAUGAUUGAGCGAUCAAGGACUCCCGAAACAGCAAUCAAUAAGGAGAUAUUUGCAUUAAAAGUGGAGAAGUUGGUUGAUAGGAUGAAACUGCGUACAUUCACACUCGGUACAGUUAGUAUUGGUGAUUUGCUCGAUCAAGUAUUGAGUAUGGUUCGUAAUCAUCAUGUUCGUAUGGAAGGUGAUUUCGUGUCGGUGGUUGUGGCAAUUUUGUUGUUGGAAGGGAUUGGAAGACAAUUGGAUCCGAAAUUGGAUCUUUUCCAAAGCUCAUUGCCUGUUUUGAGAAAACUUGGAGUACUGAAGGAAGGAAGGGAGAUUUUGAGGGAUGAAAAUAGUUUGAGUAUGAUGAAGAUUUGGUUGGCUUUGGAAGUGAGACAAUUCAUCAACGCUUCCAUCCAGGAUAUACACAGUUUGGUGAAGGCGGAUAUGUUGAGUCCAAAUGUGUAA